AUGAAAGCGGCAUUGUUGAAUUAUCCAUUUGAAUUAGUGGCACCCAUGACAGCCAUUGGAUCUGUCUUGCUGCUACCUCUUGGUCCACUCUUGAUACCUCGCACUUAUAUCGUCUUUCUCUUGGUUUACUUUACCAUCUUUUUAUACACUCAAGUGAACCAUGUCUUCAAAUUCUAUACCACAGCAACCAAAAUGACAAAAGCUAUCCGUGAAUGGAACCAAAGAUCCAACAAGAACAAUGCUACAGAGAAGAUUGACUCAACUACGGCAAGCCCUCCUUCUCCUACUACUACCCGUGAAAGAAUUAUAUCGGUUGAAGAACUUGUAGAAAUGGAAACCUCGUUGAACCCAUAUGAUGACUCUCAUUUCAUUCAUGCCUUUAUUGUGCCUAAUUAUGCAGAGCCAGAAGCUUUAUUAAGAGAUACUAUCAAACGUUUAGCCAAUCACAAGAAUGCUCAAACUAAUUAUGUCAUUAUCUUGGCUAUGGAAGCAUCUGAACUGAAUUAUGAGCAGAAAUCAAACAGCUUGGCUGAUUACUUUAAGGACAGCUUCCUCCAAUUCAUCGUAACUGCUCAUCCUGCCGACAUUCCCGGUGAGACGCGCGGAAAGGGUUCCAAUGUAGCCUAUGCAGCAAGACAUGGUUGUGCACAAAUGUUGCAGCACGGCAUCGAUAGAAGACGGGUUAUCUUGACCGUAUCUGAUUCUGAUUCAUCUAUUCCUGAGCUGUAUACCAAAGAGGUUGAAAAAGCUUUCAACAGAGCUGAAGAUCCCUACUUUUUACUAUUUGCUCCACCCAUCUUCUUUUCGCGCAACUGCUAUGAGGUCCCUGCCGCCGUCAGAAUGACUGAUAUUACGUGGUCUGCCAUGGUCAUGUCCAGCUUGAGCAACAGUCGUGGUCUCUCGUUCCCUUGUUCUACUUACAGUCUGAGUAUGGUCUUGGCAGAGAGAGUGGGUUACUGGGACACGGAUGCUGAUUCAGUGGGUGAGGAUAUGCACAUGAUGCUGAAAUGCUUCUUCAAGACGGAUGGCCUUGCUCGCUGCUGCCCCAUCUUUGUGCCCAUCAACUUGACCAAUGUCCAAACACCUGGCUAUCUCGCCAACAUGAAUGCUCGUUUCGUCCAAGCCAAGCGCCACUAUAAUGGCAUUGCAGAUCUCGCCUACACGCUCCGCAACUCAUUUGGCGUCAAGGAUACAGUGAUCGAUGGCAACCACGUCUUUGCUUCUCUCACUGCUAAAAAGACCAGCAUGUAUGCAGCACCUAGCUUUUGGCUCGACAAGCUUGUCAUGUGUACCAAGGUGAUGGAAGCUCAUCUGAUUCCUGUCACUUCGGGUUGGCUCAUGUUUGCUGCAGUGCCAUUGAUGCAAUUCAUCUUGUUUCCACCUCACUCCAUGGUUGCCUUUGUCGAACCUACUGAAAAUCCUAUCCUCACCUCCGAAUUUUAUGCUACCUUGUGGAACAUUGUCAAGAUUAUCACUGUAUUUUUACCUCUUCCGCUCUUUGGUACCUUGGCUAUUUACGAGCACCUUCAUCGUGUCGUUGAUCGGGAACUGUAUGGCAAAUCUGAGACCCGUACCUGGCGUAACGUUUUCGACUACAUUUCGCUGCCUAUCGCUGCAUGGGCUUUCAUGACCUUGCCAGCUACCAUCGCCUGUAUCAAGAGACUUUACAAGACAAACGACAAGUACAUUGUUGCUGAAAAGUUCUUUGACGAAGACAACGAGCAAUAA